AGAAGAGCGAGAAUCAUCUCUAGACGGGAAAGCUGGAAAAGUGUUGUGAGUUCGUAGUUGUAUGGGUUUUUGCGUGAACGUCUGUGGCAAAUAUCGUCGCACAGAUAUAUACGGUUUCUAUCGCCAAAUUGAUAGUUUUAUGGGCGGAUCACAGCUGUUUUUGGAGGUCUCAAAGUGCAGUGUGACCAUCAUUUGUUGCAUGAAGCAGUGGUGUGUGGUUCGAUAUUAUUUUUUCAUUCGCCAAAUCGUGGAAAGCAGGUGUUAGCACCUCGCCCAAUCAACUUGUUUGCUAGCGUUCGGUUUUCUUUCUUCUCAUCUCACCCCUAUCAGAAUUUCAUUGGAACCAACGGCCGGACCGAGUAACGAGGUAUCAGUAACAAGAGAUGUGCUCUAGUUAAACGUAGAAACGAAAGUGAAUUGUAUCACCCUAUUACGUCUUCAAUGUUUUAUUAAUAUUUUAUCUUGAUGAAAGUGAACGGGAGUUGUGAUUGUGCAAUCUCGAAAAAGAACAACGAACUGCUUGGUGAUCGCAACGAAGUAUUACACCCCCGAUCGUAACAGAUUGGUUGAAGUUCUGCAUAUCAAUUAGUUUUUCUGUCGAGGUGUAAUUUUUAUACGGGCGAGCGAAGCCUUGAUUAUUUUGUACAUAGUUGAUUGAAGCACACGCGAUCACCGAGACUCACACAAGAUGUCGCUGACCGACAAAGAAUAUUACAAUCUGACCAUGAGUAUAUCGAAGGCCCUCAACAACGUGGAGAUGCCAAUCAAGGUGAAACACGUCCGAGCGUCCAUCAUCGGGACGUUUCACAGCCGAGGGGGUCACGCCUUUUGGGCCAUCGCGAUACGGCAACCGAUUCAGGAGAAUCGAAUCGUGGCGUGGAAGUUCUGCCAUCUGCUUCACAAGAUUCUCCGCGAGGGUCAUCCCAACUGCUGCCAGCACUCGAUGCGGCACCGAGGGAUGCUCAUGGAGGCCGGCAAGCUGUGGGGUCAUCUGAACGAUGGUUACGGAAUUUGCAUCAAGCACUACAUGAAGCUGCUGGUAACGAAGCUGGAGUUUCACGAUCGGAACCCCAGGAUACCGGGUAGUUUGGCCUUGAAGCCCGGAGAGUUGGAGAAGAUCGGAGAGGGGGACAUUAAUUUUUACUUUCAAUUGGCGGUGGAAAUAUUUGACUACCUUGAUGAUAUCGUUGCCCUGCAAGCUACAGUUUUCAACUCCAUCACAACAUUCUGUGUCAGCUCGAUGACCUCGGCCGGCCAAUGCCGCCUCGCCCCUCUGAUCCCGUGCAUCCAGGAUUCGAACCCACUGUACGAUUUCGUUGUGCGAAUUAUGUUCAAACUGCACGCUAAUCUUCCCUCCGAUCUCCUCACCGGGCAUCGGGAGCGCUUCCGCGCACUGUUCCCCCAGCUGAAAUCCUUCUACAGUCAUUCCCGCAAUCUGCAGUACUUUGUCAAUCUGAUCACCGUGCCUAAGCUGCCGGACGCUCCGCCAAACUUCGAACAGCAGAGCGAUCUCGGCAACUACCAGACCCCCGUCGUGGUGAUGCCCGACUCCGAACCCAUGGACAACGAAACGGAAUCGAUCAUGUCGGAGAGCUUGAUCGACACCACGGAGGUGGCUCCUCCACCCAUUCCCGAGCUGCCCCAGAACCACAGCCAGAAUCACGUCCAGCAGUCGGCUCCUAGCGCGCAGAUGCUGGAGCUGGAACGCCUCCUGAAGGACCGCGAUGAACUAAUACGACAUCUUCAGAUGGAGAUCCAGCGGCUUACCAAUUACGUUAAAUCGCUAACGAUCGAACAGCGCGACGUGCAGCACCGGCUGGAGGAUCAGAUUGCUCAGCUGAAUUCGCAACUGGCCAACACUCAGGGUGAGCUGUCCAAUUUGCGAAUUCAGAAGGAGGAACUGGAGCUGCGAGCACAAACCGCGCCCACACUGGAACAAAAAGCCCAAGCGGAGGAAGAACGAGCCAAGGCGAGCGAAGAGAAGUUUCAGAAGCUGAAGGCGAUGUACACUCAAAUACGGGAUGAACAUGUGAAAUUGCUGAGACAGAUGAAAUUGUACGAGCAUAAGAUGCACUGCUAUAAACAGCACGGUGAAGUCAGCAGGCAGUUGGCGUCCUCCACCAAGGCCGCUUCGGACGCCUCGAAGGCUAAAGAGGAAAUCCGAAUUCAACUGGAGGAAAUUCAGCAAAAACAAUCCAUCGCCGAGGAACAACUGCAGCAAAGUUCGUCGGUUGCCAGGCGCGAACAGGAGGUCGUCGUUGAAGAACUGAAGGAGAUUAGAGAGCGAUACGGAACCCUCCAGAGCAAGUACGAAGAGAUGGAAGCGAACCGCCGGGCAGAAAUCGCCGAGCUUAAGAUCAGCCUGGAACGGGUCGAAGGUGAGCUGGAAACGUUCCGCAGCGAAAAGGACGCUCUGCAAACCGAGAAAGGUACCCUGGAGAACAGCAUCGGCGAGGUUCAGCACGAACGGGAGCAGCUUUCCCGGAAGUAUGAGGAUGUGCUGUCCAAGCUAGAAUCGUUGCAAAUCGCAGGCGAAGAACACUCGAAGGAGGAAGCCGUGCUGCAGCAAAAUGUUAGCGAGAAGAGCUUGCGGGUGAAAGAACUUACGGAUACGCUGAACCAACUGCAACUGGACUACGAAACGCUUCAACGUCAACACGCGGAACUGGAAAUAGCCAAAGCCACCCAGGAGGAGCGGUUUAAACGUAUUCACGAGGAUAAUCUUCUCCAGCUAGACUCACUAAAGGUUGAAUUGACGGAAACGGUCGCCACCCUGGAUGCGGAAAAGAUUGCUCUACAGGCCGAGAAAGAUAACACCAUGCAGCAACUGAUGUUUCUUCAGACGGAAUCCAACAAGGUAACACAGGAUUACGCCUCGCUGGAGAAGGAUUUGAAGAAUGUCAUCGAGCAGAAGGACCAUGAGCUGGAAGAAUUAAGGAAAGCCCACGAAGGGCUGGAGGAAAAAUAUCGGUCUCUUGAUGCAAAUAUGGACCGAAUGCUGACCGAGAAGGUUGCAAUCGAAUCUGACCUGCAAGAUCUACUCCACCAACAGGAGGAAAUGGACCAGAGGUAUCAAGAGGCACUAGCCACGGUAAGGCAUCUGGAGAGCAGCCUAGUGGAUGCAAAGAUAACCGGUGAAACGGCCCUUCGAACGUUGCUUGAAGCGUGCAUAAAAUCUUCCGAGAAGUUGACGCUGAGGGCGAUCAGUGAGAACGAGAUGCCUGGCGCAGGUGGUACUCCGACUUAUUUCCUGAUGAUAGCCGAAGAACUGCAGGACGUGCUGUCCAAGCUGACGAUCGUACACGAGAGCUAUCGCAAGGAUAACUCGACGAAUGUGGAAUCGCUGGCGCGGAAGGUUAUCAUCGGAGCCCAUCUGCUGGCGUCAGCUCACGUCCAAGGGAUGUCCAUCUGUAACCGAUCGGCGAAUAUUGAGUGUGGCGAGCAUAUAGCGCAAGAGAUCAGGGAGCUGAACAGUUCCAUCACUAGUUUGUUCCAAUCGCUCCAUAAAACCAGCGAAUCGGAUGCUGUCGGUGCGAAAAUUGCAGACCUAAAGCUGAAGUUACAGAAAGUGACGGAAAUGAUUGGCGAUCUGAGCAAACAGACCGACGGUACCGAAAACUUGGGAGACCUGGUGGAGAACGAGCUCAGCAGCAUGGACAAAGCGAUCGAGGAGGCUGCCACCCAGAUUGAGGAAAUGCUAUCAAAAUCCAGAGCCGUCGAUUCGGGCAUCAAACUGGAGGUGAACGAGAAAAUCCUCGAUGCCUGCACCAACCUGAUGCAUGCGAUUCGAAUUCUGGUGCAGAAAUCGCGCCUACUCCAGUCUGAGAUUGUGGCACUCGGCAAAGGCUCCGCAUCAGCGAAGGAAUUCUACAAACGCAACCAUCAGUGGACGGAGGGGCUGAUUUCUGCCGCCAAAAGUGUAGCACAGGGUGCGAACUUCCUAGUAACGGCAGCCAACAAAACCGUUUCCGGUGGUGCUCGCCACCAGCUGGAUUUGGUAGUAGCCGCCCAGGAGAUUGCGGCUUGUACGGCCCAACUUGUAGUAGCUAGUCGGGUAAAAGCACCCAGAGGGAGUCAAAAUUUGGCUGCCCUUGGAACCGCAUCGAAAAACGUUACUCAAGCCACCGGUAUAGUGGUGGCAACGGCCAAAGAUUGUAGCCAACGGUUGGAGGAUUCCCAGGAUCUGGAUCUUGGAUCGUUAACUGUCCACCAGGCUAAAACCAAGGAGAUGGAAAUCCAGGUGAAGGUGCUGGAGCUGGAGCAGGCCCUACAAACCGAACGAAUGCGGCUAGCAACCUUCCGCAAGAAAAACUAUCAAUCACCAGUGGAAGAGUAAAGUACACGCGUAGAUGAAUACAAUCAAUCAAUCACUCUCUUACAUCCAUAGACAAUGACGGAUUAUAUUAUUGUUCGUGAGACAAUAUAUCAAAUACGUAACGAGCAUCAUCCACACUUAAGGCUGAUUUAGACGAUGCCAGUCAGCGCUCUAGUUGAGGUAUCCAGUGAACAGAGAACAGACACUCUGUCCAAGUUACUUGUACCAGUAUCGAACAAGUAAUUGGCCUCUAACUUGAACAGAGUGUCUGUUCUCUAUUCACUGGAUACUUCAACUAGAGCGCUGACUGGCAUCGUCUAAAUCAGCCUUUAGUAUAGAUUGUCUAGCUAUAACGACUUGAAAUGUACCUCGGCCAGAAAUAGAAUGAAUGUGUCCUUUUCUAGCGAUUCGAAGCUUUUGGUGUUUUACAAACGGUUUUGUUUGUAGGUAACAAAAAAAAACUCUUGCUAGUCGAAGUCGAUCGUUAUUCUGUUAUAGGUUUUCCAAUAUUGUCCGUAAAAUACGAAGUAACGAGUAAGUUUAUUUUAUAGAAGAUAAUAUUUAUGAAAGAAUUUAUCUCUCGGCGAAAAUUUGGGAACAAAACUACAAAAUUACAAGUCUACAAAUUGUACCAAAUGGAUUAAAAGAAUUCCAUUGAUUAUUUUUAAAGCGAUUUAUUUAUGUAUUUUGUAUCCCAGCAGUUGUUAAUACAUUUUUAUAAUAAAUUGUAUUAUUUAACACCUCUUCAGAGAAAUAAAAAAGCCACCAAGAAUAUAGUAUUCAAGGUUUUUAAA